GCUAGAACUGACUGCAGUUUGCAGUAAUUGCUGCAGUAACUACUGUUAUAUUUUUAAUAUUGUAUUUCGUGAUCGAUGGAGUCAUUUGACUACCGAAAGUUUUUUUAAAUAUUUGAUAAAAAGAAUAAAAUAUAAAAUAGACUCAUAGACUCGAGUAUGAGUACUGCACGACUAACAAAGAUCGCCGUUUAUGGCGCAGUUGCAUCAAUCACUGGAGCCUUUGUGUUGCAUCACUACACCCAAGCAAAGCUAGCAUCUGGAGAGUAUUACCAGCUGACAACCGAUGCCGUGAGACGUCACAUGAAAUCCAAUGAUGUCCUUGGUGGUCCAUUAAGAUUCACCUAUAUGAACCUCGGACGAAGGGAUAUAAGAAUCACAGAGGAGAAUGCUAUGAUUGUUAUUCCUGUCAAAGGUAGCAAAAGAUCUGGAAAUGUCUUUUCGAAAUCAACAAAAAUUGAUGACAGAUGGCAGCUUCAAAUGGUGGAAAUUGAAGUGAAUGAAAGUGGUGAGAAAAGAAUAAGAGUUUUACCAGAUGAAACAAUAUAGGAAAAACUGAAAUUAUUAAAGCCGAAACUUACAGAGUAACGGUUAGAAAUAGCGAGGGUAAGAUUAAUGAACACACAUCAAACUUUAAUUUCAACUGGAAAAAAUAUAUGGCAAAGUAUUUCAAUAUGA